CAGUAAGACCAGUAGUCAAAUUUGACUGUGACCCUACAAUGAAAAUUCUAGUGUUGUUGGUUGGUCUCCUGGCUGUGGCCAGUGCCGAGUGGAUCGAAAUCGAUUGGUCGCAGGUGCGUCCUAUUGAGGAAUUUGACCACUAUUGGGCCCGUCUGCCAGCUGAGCUGCAAUAUUUGCGUCAAUUGCUACCGGAACGCCGCAUCACCAAUGGACAACAGGCAACCCCCGGACAGUUCCCGUAUCAGAUUGCUCUGCUCAGUACUUUCGCCGCAGGAACCGGUCUGUGCGGUGGAACCGUCCUGACCAACAACUUCAUCCUGACUGCUGCUCACUGUGUCCAGAACGCUUUUGGAGGUACCGCCAUCAUGGGAGCCCACAACCGCAAUUUAAAUGAGGCUACCCAGCAACGCAUUGCAUUCACUUCGGCCGGAAUCAACAUGCACCCUGGAUACACCCCAACGAAUAUUCGUAACGACAUUGCUACCGUUCGUCUGAACAGCGCCAUGACCUUCAACGCUCGUGUAGCUCCCACUCGCAUUCCAGCUGCUGGAGACUCCCGUACCUUUGCCGGUAUGACCGGUACCGUUUCUGGAUUCGGCCGCACCUCAGAUGCUAGCCAGGCCACCUCUGCUGUCGUCAUGUUCACCAACAACCCUAUCAUGACCCAGGCCGAUUGUCUUUCCAGCUGGGGUGGAAACACCAACUUGAUUCAGGCUCAGAACAUCUGUAUGUCCGGAGCGGGCGGUCGCUCUGCUUGCAACGGUGACUCGGGUGGCCCACUGACUGUUAGGGAUGGCGGAAACAGCCUACAGGUCGGUAUUGUGUCCUUCGUUUCUGCUGCCGGAUGUUCGAUUGGUAUGCCUUCGGUGUACGUUCGCGUCACUUUCUUCAGAAACUGGAUUUUGGCUAACUCGGAUCUGUAAACUGAUAAAUUGUCUAAAUAAAUCCCUAAUUCUUGAUUGUUUUUAUAUUAAUGGACAAUUUUA